CACUAACCACACCGCACUCCCAAGUCAACUCCACUGCCCGCUGCGCUGCUCUUCGAGUAGUGCGCGCGUCCCGCGGCGUGGUCUCCGUUCGAACCGAGGCCCAGCUGCUGGAUCGGAUCGGAUCGGCGAGGCAGCCAACCUAUCCCGCCCGGUCCAGCGAUCUCCGCGCCGGCAGCGCACGAGAGGGAUGGACGCGUCGCACCCGAAGGGCGAGGCCGCGGCGGGGUGGGUGACGAUCGAGGAGUGGAGCGGCUCGUCAGCCUCCGCGCUCUCCCGCACCGCCGUCCUCACCGCCUCCGCCUCCGCCUCCUCUCUCACCGCACACAGGUUCGGCAGCCGAUGGGGGCAGAUCGGGAGCCGCAUGCUCGGCGCCUUCGUGCCUGAGGGCUUUCCUGGGAGCGUGACUCCGGAUUAUGUCCCGUUCCAGAUGUGGGAUACGUUGCAGGGGCUCUCCACGUACAUCCGUGCAAUGUUGUCUACACAAGCUCUUCUAGGUGCAAUUGGAGUGGGAGAACAGUCUGCAACUGUCAUAGGUGCUACUUUUCAGUGGUUUCUGAGGGACUUGACAGGAAUGCUUGGAGGGAUUUUGUUCACCUUUUAUCAGGGAUCUAAUCUUGAUAGCAAUGCUAAAAUGUGGCGUCUAGUUGCAGACUUUAUGAAUGACCUUGGAAUGUUGAUGGAUCUCUUAAGCCCUCUAUUUCCUUCAUCGUUGAUAGUUAUAAUGUGCUUAGGCAGCCUAUCAAGGUCAUUCACUGGUGUUGCUAGUGGAGCAACUAGAGCAGCACUAACACAGCAUUUUGCACUUGCAAAGAACGCAGCUGAUAUUUCUGCAAAGGAGGGCAGUCAGGAAACACUCGCUACAAUGAUAGGGAUGGGAUUGGGGAUGCUGCUAGCUCACAUUACUAGAGGCCAUGCUUUGAGUGUAUGGACAUCUUUUCUUUCUCUCACGGUGUUCCAUAUGUAUGCAAAUUACAAGGCAGUGCAGUCACUUUCACUCACUACGCUAAACUAUGAGAGAGCCUCCAUCUUGCUACAGUACUUCAAGGAAUGUGGUGACGUUCUUGCACCGCAAAAGGUUUCUCAGCAGGAACAUAUUCUUCCUUUUUGGUCAACCUGGAGGAAAUUAAACAAAAUUAAACUGCCACAUGAGCGUGUGCACUUAGGUGCUAAAGCCUCGAUGCUUACACACAGUGACAUGUUGGUGAUUGCAAAAACAAGAUCCCACUAUGAAAAUACAAACUACCUUUUGCUGAAUAAACAAGGCAGUGUUUACAUUUUCAUCCACAAGCUGGCAACACCAGCUGAUGUUUUAAGGUCCUUCGUACAUGGGCUCGUGUUAGCAAGUUCGACAUCCCAGCACUUAGAGGCCCGUCGAUGGAUGGACGAGAUGUAUACCAAUUUUAUCUCGAAGUUGCAGAGUGAAGGUUACUCAACAGAACGCCUUCUGUCGCAUUCGAUUCUUUGGAGGGCACACUGGCUUCACGGCCAGCAUGAUGAGAAGCUCAAGUAGGAAGAACACAGCAAGAUUGCAUUUGCUUAUUCAAGGGCAAAGUAGACAGGAGUAUCGCCCAAGUCACGAUUAACUAGGGUGAGAACGUGUUAAACGUUGCUUGAGCAUGACAUGAUGAAAGAGAGAUAUGAGUUUCACCAAAACAACCAAAUACCGUUAAUCGUUCGAGAAUGUAGCACGGACUUCACGAUAGAAGUGCUGGCAUGUACGCUCAGGUCCAGCAUGCUAAUGGUUGCUAA